UCCAUGCCCUUUUCUUGAGAGCCAAUGGAAACUCACGGUUGAGUUGCAUCAUGUGUCCCAGCAACUCCAGGCAGAUAUUUUUCCAACCCCGGCUCUGCGAUCCUGUGUCCUGGAGCAGCCCCGGGCGAUAGCAGCGCGGCGGUUCAUUUCGCAGGUGGCGAGGCGUUUGGAGCUGGCUCAGCAUGUGGUGCGGGAGCCCAGCCGCAGUGGUGGCCUUUUGCGCUGGGCUUUGGGUCUCUAACCCGGGGCGGGCGCAGGGCCAGGAGGCCGGGGGGCGGCUGGGCGCCGACUGUGAAGUGUGUCAAGAAUUCUUGAACCGAUUCUACAGCUCCCUGAUAGCCAGAGGAGUCAACUUUUCUCUGGACACCAUAGAAAAAGAAUUGAUCAGCUUUUGCUUGGAUGUCAAAGGAAAAGAAAACCGCCUGUGCUACUAUCUAGGAGCAACAAAAGAUGCGGCCACAAAGAUCCUAAGUGAGGUCACUCGCCCAAUGAGCGUGCACGUGCCUGCAGCGAAGAUUUGCAAGAAGCUGAAGAAGAUGGACAGUCAGAUCUGUGAGCUGAAAUAUGAGAAAAAGUUGGAUUUGGCAUCAGUGGACCUGUCCAAGAUGAGAGUAGCAGAGCUGAAACAGAUACUGUACAGCUGGGGAGAAGAGUGCAGGGCCUGUGCGGAAAAAACCGACUAUGUGAAUCUCAUCAAAGAACUGGCACCCAAGUACACAGCGACGUACCCCAAAACAGAACUCUGACCCCUGGAAGCUGGUGCACCACGGAUUGUGACUAGAGACAAAAAUGCCUCUCUAGGAUACGGACGCAUUUGUUGAGAGGAACCAGGAACUGCAAUGUGUGUGGUCUCAGACUUCUUGUUUUGAUAUUACACCUCAGAAUUGGUUACCUGGGUUUAUAAGUAGAACUGCUAGUAUUAGUGGUUUCUUAAAUCUGCAGUGUACCAAAACCUACCAGUGCCUUUCUCGUGAUUUUCUUGUAUGUGAAUUAUCAUUGCCUAUCUCCUAAAACGGGGAAAAGUGAACCACUGAAAAAUCAGUGUAGUAAAUUGAUUCUAAGCAGGAAGAGACUGCUCAGAGGCUCCUAUCUGUGCACUAAUUUUUAAUUAAAUAUGUUGGAUUAGAGAAAGACAAAUAUCAUAUGAUAUCACUUAUAUGUGGAAUCUAAAAAAAGGGUACAAAUGAACUUAUCUACAAAACAGAAAUAGAGUCACAGUAGAAAACAAACUUAUGGUUGCCAGGGGGUAAGUGGGGGGAGGGAUACAUUGGGAGAUUGGGAUGGACAUAAACAGACUACUAUAUAUAAAAUAGAUAGC